AUGUAUUCAUCACUGGGCCAUGGCCUGGUAAGGACAGCCGCAGCAGACCAGGUGGUCGCUCCGUUUGCAUGUCACCUGUGUCACCUUGUGCUUCUGUGUGACAACUUGGAGGAUCACGAACACUUCAGCCAGUUAGAGGAGGCAGCGCAGACUGUGGCUAAAGCUACUGACAACAUGGCUGCAGUGGCCUCUAGACAAGUCAGCGAUACUGAUGAUGAUGUGCUGCGUAAGGAGAUGGCCUCCCUGCUGGAGCCCAUCACACUGUCAGGCCAACAUGUGCUGCUGGCGGCCCAGAAGCUCAGCAUCCAGCCCAGUUUGACGGCGCACAAAGAGGAACUCAUUGCUGCUGCACAAACUGUUUUCCUCAGUGUAGUCAAAGUUCUGCUCGUGCAUGACGACUGUGUAGUGAGAGAAGUCCUUGCAGCUGCCGCUCAAGUGUCCGAGCAUCUCUCUGAGCUCGCCUCCUGCUCAGACAUUCAGUCCCUGGUGAAAGUCCUUCAGGAGUUUUCCGAUGCCUUGCUUCUGCUCAGCCGCCUGACAGCGGAGCGUGCGGACUCCUUAAAGGACCUCCGACAGACCCAAAAACUUGGAGACUCCUUGGAGACCCUAAGGAGGUGCAUGCCCAUGAUGCACACUGCUACCUGCACCACCAUCAAGCACCCGAUGAGCCAGGAGGCCCAAACUGCCAAGAGCUACAUACUUGACAAGGUGAGGAGCGCGAUCGAUGACAUUGUUCGCACCCUGACAGGUGAAUGUCAGACAGGACCACUGGGAGCUUGUGGUUUUUAUACAGAGAAGAGGAAACGUUUGUCGCAGCUACUGGAAGAUUGUUCCAACUCGUCGGUCCUGCCGUGUGGGGAUUUGGACACCCUGAUUCGAGAUCUUGUCUUCCACGGUAUGACCGUGGCCAACUGUUCUCGAAGAGAGUUGCAGCAAAGUUUAGUGCUCCACAGUCGACACAUUCUCCACUUGUGGUCUGACAUAAAACUGAUCAUAAAGUCCCCCAACAAUCUUAAGGAGCAUCUUGCGAACAUCUGCGCCUCGUUGGGGGAGCUUUUAAAAGAUUUCGAUGGAGCAAUGAUGGCCGCCAUUCUACAUCAACUGUUUGACACAUUUCUGGCUGCGGCAUGUGCAUUUGAAGAAUUUUCUCGAAUGGUGAGGCAAACUCUGGUUGCAGAUUCCUCCAUCGAGACAGAUCUGAGCUUUCUUCAGUCACCGGUGGAAGAGUUCAUAUCCUACUUGGAUAGACUGAUCCAAGUUGCCAGCUUUUUCUCUGCUGCAGCCAAUGACGCAAAGAGCCUCGAAAACAUGGAGCACUCCCGAGUGUGUCUCACCAGACUCCAAGCUCAAAUUGCUCCUUUGUCUCUUGAACUGGCUGACAACUCCAUGCAAACACUUCAGAAGCUUCAUGAAAUGUUUCCCAUAUGGGAAGAAGUGAUUAACCAGCUAGUGGAGUCUCUCAGCUACGUGAUGGAUAUCAAGGAGUUUAUGAGUCUAGCCAUUAAAGAGAUAGCGAAUGAUCGCAGUGGUUGUGACGCCGCAUACAGACAGCAAAGCUACGAGCUCUUUAGUGAACACGUGACCAAGCUAAUAUGUCGCAUGCGGCUGGUGACACACUCAGUCAGGACACACUUGGACCUCAGCGAGGACCCCAUCUACAGGAACGGCCUCCUGGUUCUGCUGAAACAAGCUCAACUGUGUCAAAGAAAAACCAACCAAUCAGUGAGCGACAUGCUUUUAGGUGACAGUCUGAAUGUGGAGCACUAUUCGACCUUUUCUGACAAUGCUUCUGAUCUUUUUCGCCAAUUGAAAGUCCUCCGAGAAGGAUUAGAUGGCCACCAGCAUCCACAUCUACUCAGUCCUUUGCGAGAAGGUGCCCGUCAGACUGAUCUCUUGGAAGAUGAGCCGUCUGAUCUGAAUGACGAUCGUGGGCUGAGACGUUUGGAUUCCUCGAUUCUGGAUUUGAUUGAGACAGAAACAGAACGCGAGGAGGAGGACGAGGACUCAGAUGAAGAAUGCGUGGAAGUGGAGCUGUCUCCUAAAUGUGAUGAUGAUUUAGAAGAACCCAAAAGGAUCCAGAUGCCUUUCAAAUUUGAACUUUUACCCCUCCUAAAAGAAGUUGUGACUGUGACUAAAGAAAAAGAUGUUGCGGUCCUCAGCCGGGUAUGCACCGGUGUUCUCGAGCUGUCAAACUGCUACUCCCAAGCAACGAGAGAAGCUUUAGCCAUCAAAGACGAUGUCGACUGUAAGAAUUUGGAAAGCUUUCGAGCUCAACUGGUGUCACUGACGCUGCUGCUGGUCCAGACCGCUCAAGAGACGGCGAUGAGCUCGUCGCCAGGCACGGAGAACGUCUGCAGACUCUGUACGCAGUUUUCGGACCUCAUCAACACCAUUCGCAAGGUUCUGCUUCCAGGAAGCGAACCUUGGUUUCACGUCGUUUACACCGAGCUGAGGCGAGCUCAAUCAACUCAGACGGAUGUCAAACAGCAGCUCGGUGAAAUGAUGAACCAGUGUGCGGACACCGUGCAGCUGCUCACAUCAGCACAUAUAACCCCUCAAAGUGGAAACCAGGAGACACUGACACUUUUGCACAACAAAUUGAACAAAGCCCAGAACAACACAAGACAUCUGAUAGAGUUCAGGGUCUUAUCUGAUGGUCAGCUCGAUCAGCUCGAGGGUCUGUGCAUCCUCUGGGGUCUAUCCGUUCGCAUUUUGUUCAAUUCUCUGGACAGGGUUUUAGGAAUGUCCGGCGCUAUGAGCCAACACACUCCUCAUAAGCAACUUUCCAUCUUAUCGGAGAACUCGCUGAGAAUCCAGGAGGCUGCAAGGCUCACCAGUCUAAUUUGUAAAAGUGCUUUUAAAUCCAAAGAGUUGACGUCUUACCAGAGCGAGGUGAAGACGCUGACUGAGCGCUACCUUCGAGCCGCAGGGGACCUCGGCGUAAUGCCUCGUGUCAUGCAGCUCGCGAAGUCAGAGCUCCUUCAAAGGAAUCUUAUCAUUAAGAUGAAAGAGCUCUCGGGGCUUUUGAGUAAAGCAAAUAAAUAUUAUGACACUCCACUCCAAAAUCUGGUCGGCAUUGUUCAUUUGAUAGUAAAGCAAACUGAGAACAAAUCAGAUGAAGCGCAGCAAAGACUUGAACACUCCGCUACUUCAAUUCUGGAAAGGGUGAAAGACGCUAGCAAAAAAGUGGAAGAGAGUUUCAACUACAUGAGGGAUUCCCGUGAACGUGCCAACCUGCGCUCCCUGAACACACAUCUGUCAUUUCUGAUGUCUGAAAUCAUCAGCAUGGUGCGUCUCAUGGCACAGACCUGCUCCAUUAGUGACACAUUCAACCUGGAAAUGAAGAUUCAGUGCUGGUCAGCCCAAGCUCACUAUGUGGUGGAGGAGAUCAGUAAGCAAGAUGGAAUCCACCAGGAGGUAAAGGAGAACAUCAGAGCAAGUCUUCAGGGCACCACCACUGGUGGAUGUAUCCAGAAUGUCCUCAUGAAAUGCAACGAAAAGACAAAUAAAGCUUUUUGGCAGACAUAUGAAGUUGCUGCAGACUCAAAGAUGUCAGCUUGGAUUCAAGAUGGAUCAGCAAAGGAUUUUGCUUCUGGUUUCAAAGAAGCGUCCGCACUAACCUCCACCUCCUUUUUGCUGAAACAAGAAAGCGCCAGUUGGGAUCCCAACGACAACAAGAUAGUCCAAGAGACCAAGAAAAUGGCAGACACACUGUACAACAUGACCCAGUACCUGAGGAAUAGAGGCCCAAUACUGAAUAAAGAAGCGUUUGUGUGUGCAGCCAAAGACGUGAUGUCAAAUGGACAAUUGGUGACCAACUUUAUUCGAGUUAUAGCCAACCACUGCCUGGAUGCACAGUGUGCACUGGAACUGUCCCUCAUCGUGGAGCAGAUUCUCACCAUUACCAACCAGCUCAGCAUCCUUUCCAGUGUCAAUUCUGUAACACCUGGCUGUAAAUCGUCUGAUGAGAUCCUGGUGAAGAACACACAGAAUCUCCUCCGCACAGUCCUGAAGGGGGUUCAUGCAGCAGAGACCGCCUGCAUCACAGGUUUAAAGCAGCCGGAGCCAAACUCGGAUGGAGCCGAAGCGACCGCUUUGUUUUUCCAGUGGAAGAAGAACCUGGAGGUCCACCGAGCCCAGCAAACCUCCAACCCCAAAACAGAUGAGCUGGGUUUGAGGAAGAUUUCAUCACACUCCGUCGUACCGAGUCUCGUAUCUCCAGUACAAGACGGCUCCAACUUGACGCUUCAGUGGAAAGGUCACAGUAAUAGAGCUUUAUCACAAUAUUUGCUUUAAGGAGAUCAUCCCUCAUUUUGGCUCUGUUCCCAGAGGGAAGUUGUGUCAUUUAUUGUGGUUGUAGUUUUCAGUCGCAAAGCGCUGCAUCGCUUCAUAGCAACAGGGGCUAUUAAUUAUGAUACAUUAUGCCCCUCUUGUAUUACCAACACAAAACAAUAAACUCACAUUGACUGAAAGAGAUUUGGACAUACAUACUGUAUUGAGAGACAAAGUAUUUCAUUAGCGACUGUCACGUAGCUGCAGUAAAAUCAAUUUCCACUCUUUUAUGUCAGGUUGUAGUGUAAACAUUUAAUUCACAUCAAGAUAUGUACAGUGGACUGAAUUUAAAAGCUGAUGAAAUGUGCACAGAAAACAAAGGUCAUCCACAUAUACACAUACAAUGAACAUGCCAUUUAAACAGUUGUGAAAACAAUCUAAAAAAGCUCCAAUAUGGCUUAAAAUAAUCACACAAGCUCAUUUUGAGGAAAGUUUGAUAUAAAAAACAUAUUUAAAAUUAAAAAC